GCACUUAAAAAAAUGGGUCAAUGGGAGAAUCUGGACUCGUUGUCAUCCCUGGCAUCUCCAUCGAGCACCAGUUCGAGUGGGUGCACGGGUGGAGGUGAAACACUGGGCGGCGCCUCGGUGUUAGCCAGCGUUCGGGUUGAACUGGCCUGGCGUCAUCGUGAUUGGUCGGAGGUUUUUUCUGCCCUCUCGGCGUUGACAAAUGAGACACCGUCUCACGAGCAGUGGCGAUUGGCAUUAAUCAGCGCCUCGGGCUGCGUCGCAGGUCGACGUGCGGUCAGCGAACUUGACACCUACACUGUCAGCGGUAGUGGGGGCGGUGGUGGAGUCGGCGGCAGCGGAGGUAGUAGUGGGACCGCCACGGGAGUCACUAGUACCCAAGGUGCUUCAAGCAGUAGUACAUCAAGCACUUCAAUCACCAAUGCCAGUGUAGAUGCUGCUGGUCUCUUCUCUACGGGCCUUUUGCAGAACAUCGAUUCCGAGAAUCUGCAUGUAAUGAAUAGCAUUCUGCGUGAAUGGCGCCGUCUUCCACUCAUCGUUACGAAUCAGCAUGUUAGGCUUCUCCAGGCCUGUCAGCAGGCAUCGGAGAUUUAUGAUGGCAACCUCCUUCUUCUCCAACACACUGUGCCACCUCUGAGUGCUGGUGCGAAUCCUACAUCCACACCAGGCGUAUCUCCUAGUCGAUUGAACAUCUCACAGUCUAUGUACGACUACAAGACUGUCUUCCGAUCCUGGCAAGCCCGUCUGCCUCUUGUCAGUGAUGAUCUCUCCUUCUGGAGUGAUCUUUUCACUUGGCGUCAGAUCGUUCUUGAGAGGAUUAUCAACACGGGCACCUGUUCGCAUAAGUUUACACAAGAACGGAACAACCUCCUAGCCGCAUGUCAUCGCGAGCGUGCACUGUCAUUGGUUCAAAUGAUCAAAGGUUACCGGAAAUUUGGACUUCCUGGUAUUGCUCAGCAGAGUCUUGAUUUAUACACCCACACCAAGAUGCCUCCACUGUUUGAGAAGACCAAACAGGAAAUUAAGUUGAAAAUUGCGGACCUUCGUAAGGAAGAAUUACUUGAGGGCCUUGAACUGAUGGAAAAGACCAACAUUCAGCAAUAUGAGAAGAAGGAGAAGGCUAGGUUUUUCUGCUACAAAGCGGUAUUCUUCUCUCACUUUAACAAGGGAGAUGAGGCGACUAAAAAUUUCGGCUACGCCACACAGAUGCAGGACAACUUGCACAAAGUUUGGUCAGUGUUUGGUGAUUUCUUGGAAAAUGUCUACUCCAGCAAUCGAACGGCGUAA